GAAUGAAGUAACUUUUUGGCCAUUUGUCCUGCCAUGACAAUGUCAUUGUGUUGAGUGGCAACAUGAAGAAGGGCAGCCGCACUGUGGCGCCGCGGAGGCUCGUCUGCUGGACAGCGAUGCUCCUCACCGCGCUCGGUGCGAGCCUCGCAAGACUGCUGGGCGUGCCUGCGGCGGCUUCAUGGCUGCGCCGCCAGCCUGCGCGCCGCCGCCGCCGGCCCUCGCCCACGCGGUCGGCAUCAGUAUGUGGUGCGGCGGCCGACGAGGACACGGAUCCGGCGUUGCCGGCCGCACGAAACGUGUUACGGUGCGGCUCACGUCCGGCCCAAGCUCAGGCGCGCGAAGCCAGCGAGCAAUCCCGGAGGUGCUGGGAGGCGCACUGGCGUCCGAGCUGGGGAACGGCGGCCCAAGCGAACAUGACAGCCACUGCGAUAAACUUGGGAUCGGAAAGCGUGGAUUCGAUUGCGGUCGAAAGCCUUGGUGAAGAUUUUGAGUUCGACGCGGUGGUGCCGCUCCUGGUGACGAGCACCAACACAGCAGCUCGUUUGAAAUCUAUUCGCAAGUACAUACGACCCCGCGUGCGAAACAUUUAUCUCCUGGUCGAAUCGGACGUGUCGUGCCGAUACCUCACGUCGCUUGGUCCGCACGUCUACUGCCUUCCCGUUCACGCGCUCAGCGGCCGAAGCGGCGUGGAAAUGGUUGCGGCGUACCCCCACCUGGCGACGUCCGGGCGCCACGGCGGAUGGUUCGUGCAGCAGUUCGCCAAACUCUUCGUGAGCCUCAUCGACGUCGGCCUCUCCGAUCACUUCGUAGUGAUAGACUCGGACAACAUCUUCCUGCAAGAGCUGGAGGUGCUCCAGCGCGUCCGAGCAGCGUCGAUCCGCGCGCCGACGGCCCAAUUUUUUCCACUCGAGUGGGCCGAGGGAAAUAUAAGGGCGAGGCUCCAGACGAAAACGUAUUCGUCCUCAGACCCGGUCCUCCGCGCGGUGUUCUUCGCGGGAAAUAAUUCCAAGAUGUGGUUUCGCGACUACGGCCCGACGACGCACGACCUCCUCGGCAAAUGGCCCUGCGCCCUGGCCAACGGCCGCACGGCGGUGGCGCAUUGGAUGGUGUUUUCGCGGCACCGCGUACGCGCCAUGCUGGCGAGCAUCUUCGAGCGCGUGGCGCGUGACCACGCGACCUCGUUCUACGACGUAGUCCUUGACUGGGCCUCGCGGAAGCGCGCGUGCGAGACGCGGGACCAAUGCAAGCAGCUCGCGUCCACCUUCUCGGAGUACGAGCUCUACUCGACGUACCUCAUGGUACAUCACCCCGAAGAGGUGCGGUACGAUGCGACGUCAAUCCACAAAUAUAUGCGCAACCCACCUUCGUCGUCCAAGGGGUGCACAAUCGACGUCGCCGCGCUCAAGGCGCGAUAUACGACGCUCCAAUACGCGACCAUCGAGGACGAAAAGACGCGAACUCGCCGCGGCUGCGCCGACGACUACGGCAUCGACGACGGCCUGCUCGCGGCGACGGUCGCCGCCGAACGGGAGAUCGUGCUCCGCAAACCACCUGGUGCCGGCACAGGGAAAUUCGAAUACGAGGCGCUCCGCGCGGCGCGGUCGCGCGCCAAAAGGCUCGUCGUUAGUGUUUGGCACGUCUUCCACGAAGCGCCGUGGGGCGGCGGCAACCAGUUCCUCGCAGCGCUCAUUAACGCGCUGCGCCGCCAGGACGACCUCAUCAAGAAGGUCCAGUUGAACAAGAUCACCAAAGAGACGACGGCGAUUCUCAUUAACGCGCACACUUUCAACACGGCCGACUUCGCGCGGGCCUACCUGAAAUUCGUAAAAAAGACUCCGCAGGGAGAUCGUAAGCCGUUUAUCGUUGCGCAUCGCAUCGAUGGCCCCAACAUUAUCAACAGAGCCAACACCUCGUCUUACCAAAGCCAGGACCGCAUCGUCCGCCUUAUGAACGGCCUCUACGCCGACGUUUCCAUCCACCAGUCGCUCUUCUCGUGGCAUGCCUGGGACACGACAUACCCAGGAAGUCUCGGUGGCGGCGACAGUAGAUAUCGGCCCCGCGUCAUCAUCCGAAAUGCCGCGGACCCGGCGAUCUUCAAGCAGCGGCCGCCCUGCGCGGCGCCGCGCACCCCGAUGCGCCUCAUCGCCACGUCGCACGCCAAUGGUUUCGUCAAGGGCGCCGACACGCUCGCCGCACUUUCGCGCGCCAUCGACUGCGAAGAGUUCAACAUCACGUUCAUAGGCUCGCGGAGCCGCGAGUUUCGCCUUGCUACCCAUCGGCCCUGCGUGACGGUUGUGCCGCCACAAUCCUCUGCCGAGAUUGCUGCGGCGCUCGCCGAACAUGACAUUUUCAUCGCCGCCUCGCGGCGCGAGCCAGCCUCCAACUCGCUCGUCGAGGCGCUCGCCGUCGGCCUUCCCGUCGCCUAUCGCGACGAAGGAGGCCACCCAGAGGCCGUCGGACUCGGUGGCGUGCCCUUUAAAACCGACGACGAAUUGAUGAGCGCGCUCCGCACCAUUAAAGAACGCUACGCUUACUUCGCUGCAGUCGUCGGCGCGCCGCUUCAUCACAAUAUUGACGACAUCGCCCGCCAGUAUGUAGCUGUCCUUCGCGGCGGACUGCCCGGCGAUAUUCCCUCUAGGGGUGCUUGAGUCCGGGACCUGUCCAGAUAAAUAAACGUGCCAGUGAAUCAUAUGAUAAGUAAAUCUAAC